AACUUCAGCGUGACUUCAACGACAUACACAGGGGUUAAAAACAACUCUUUCCAAACUUUUAACUGUAUUAAUGUUGCGCAAAUACUGCUCAGGAAUAUCCAGCCCGAUAUGUUUGGCUUAUGUUUCUGAUUAAUGCCAUAUGCCACAUUGGUUUAAGGAACUGGAGAGAUGCAUCAUUAUCAGUUUCUUUUUCUUUCACUGGCUGUGAAAUUAUAUCUUUGCCAGAUUGAAGCUCCCCGUUACUGAAUCGAUGUUUUUUGAGGAUUGCACAGGUGAUUAUACUCUGUGAAUAUUAAUAAAAUCUGUGACUUCCAACUUCCCCAAAGGCAAAAAAAGAAAAAAAACGAAAGAAAGAAAGAAAAGAGAGAGAGAGACGACGCGUAGCUGCGACUGGUAAUGAUCACCGUAGGUAGCAUAAUGUCCGGGGCUCAGGGCUACCCAGCAUGUCAGGUAUUAACAGAGUGAGCGUGAUUAAAUGUGGGAGGUAGGAGCUGUGAGGCUGGCGGAGAGCGCUGCUGCCGCUGCGAGCUGGAAACUACUGAAUGGGAAUCUAUCCGGCAACUUCACCAGACCGCUUCACGGCGACACGGGGGCUCUGCGUAAAACCAAGCGGCGCGUCUCCAAGUCUGGGUCAGCCCAACUCACAGACGGAGAGGACGCUCAAGUUGGAUCGGGCGAGCAGCUUCUCACUUGUUACCGGCGCUCGGCUCCCACUAACAUGCCUGCCAUCAAAAAGGAGAGGCUGGAUGGAGACGACAUGGCAUUGACUGCGUUCAACCAGUCCGAAUACCUGGCCCCUUUAAAUGCCACCGCGAUCCCAGUGGUGACCCCGCAUCCGCCGCCCUACGACCACAUUUUCGCCCAUCACCGCGCGUACUUGGGGCUCCACGACUCGGCGCUGCAUCACCAGCACCUCCACCACCACACGGACGACUUAAUGCUGGAGAGGUUCUCAUCCAUCCCCGACUUUCAGCCCUUUUUCGACAACGGGGAGCCGUGCAUCGAGGUGGAGUGUGGGGAAAACAAGGCUUUGCUUUAUAUCAAUAAACUGUGUCAAGGUAGUAAAGGACCCUCAAUUAAAUACAGGGGCGAGUGGCUUACCCCCAAUGAGUUCCAGUUUGUCAGUGGACGAGAGACUGCCAAAGAUUGGAAACGGAGUAUUAGACACAAAGGAAAAAGUCUCAAGACUCUUAUGUCCAAAGGAAUCUUACAGGUGCACCCUCCAAUCUGUGAUUGUCCCGGCUGUCGAAUUUCAUCUCCAGUGAACCGUGGGCGCUUGGCUGAGAAACGCACCAUCCCCCUUCCUCCCAACCGGGUGCCCAAGAAGGAGCUGGCCUCCAUCUUCAGCAGUGACGACAGCGAAGGCAGCGAGCGGGCCAGUGGGGAUCAUGCCCACAUCAAACAGGAGGACGAGUUGCAUUACAGUAUCAUGAGAAAGAGUCGUGACAGUGACCUCUCUACAAUCAUCUCCAACCUGCACCACACCAGACAGCACGGCAUGCCCGAGGGCCAGUCAGCGUCUGACCACAACACCAGUGCUGGACACACAGAUGACCUUCUAGGCAAGAGGAGAAGCUUCUCUCCCAACAGCAGCAGCGAGUGUCCCUCUGACAGCAAGAAGUCACGUAGCGUAUCCCCCAAAGAGAACUCCCAGAGCCCAGUGGUGGAGGCAGGCGGCAGCCACGGCCACAUGAGCCCUGAGGAGCACUACAGGCGCAUGAUGUCAGCGCUCAGCGAGCAGGGGUCCUAUGAGGAGCAGCAGCAACGGCUCUACCAGCUGGCGAGCAGCAUGGGUCUGCCCGGCCACGGUCAGUCAACAGACUCUGUCUUUGCACACAUGCUGCGUGCUCGCCAGGAGGCAUUGGCUGCUGCGGUGAGGAAUCCAGCGGCCUUAGAAGCUCACCUGCCCUCUGCGGGCGGCUCCUCUUCAUCCAGCCAGAGACGCAAGCAGGGUCUGCCGCAGCACCGGGACGCACAUUACACCGACAGAGAACUGUCCCACCCUCCACCCCUACUGUCCCCUCCAACUGCCCCUCACAUUGCCUUAGGACCUCACCUGCGGCCUCCUUUCCUGGGCAUGCCCUCAGCUCUUUGCCAGGCCCCUGGUUAUGGUUUCCUCCAACCAGCUCAAGCUGAGAUCUUUGCGCGGCAACAGGAGAUGUUGAGGAAGCAGAAUCUGGCCAGACUCGAGAUGUCAGCAGAGCUGCUGAGACAGAAAGAGUUGGAAAGUCUCCAUCAGCGCCAGCAGCAGCAGCAGCGUCUCCUGGGCUCCGACCAUCUGGGAGCUCUACCUCCUGGUCUUCCCCAUGACCAUCCAGCCCUGCGGAGCCUCCACGACAUCCCAGAGGGCCAUCCGCUCCGCGAGGAACUGGUCCGUCGCUCAAAUGCAAUGCUGGUGCUUCGCCAUGGAGCUGCCACACCCCUCCUAACCCUCAACCACCAGCAGCAACAACCAGGGGCGCCCUCCACACCCAAAGACAGCCAGGCACAGAGCUCCACUGCAGGGCAGGACGCCGACUCCAGGAAGACCCCCCGCAGGGGGCCCCAGAUACAGCUCCGCACUGGGGAUCACACAGGAGGAAGAGAGGACAGAGGCAGGGAGAGAGACAGGGAGGUUCAGGAUGAGGAGAUGAAGGACUCGGACAGCGAGACAGAGAUGUGUGAGGAGAGGCAGGACAGUGUCAGUGCCAAGUCCAGCAGUAAACCCAGGGACAGGGAAAGAGACGGGGGUAAAGAGGCCGGCAGCAAGGGAGUGUGUGACGGGGCAAAGGAGACCGGAGAGAGCUCAGGCAGGCUGAGCGCCCCUUGUAGUUCAGCAGGUACGGAGUCACCCAGUCGCCACCUCUUCACCCCUGGUCUGGGCAAGGCUGACGUCAAGUACCAUCUGCCACCUGGGUUCAUGCCACCGCUGCCUGCUCUUCACGCCCAGUCGCUGCCCUUCGGAUUCCCCUACGCCAACCCCUACUUUCACACGGGCUCUAUGGGAGGUCUUUUCAUGGAUGGGGAGGACUCAGCCACAGCAAACCCUGUGGAGGACAUCAGCAAGUGGAGUGUGGAGGACGUGUGUGGCUUUAUAAGCAGCCUUGCCGGAUGUGCUGAAUACACACAGGUGUUUCGGGAGCAGGCCAUUGAUGGAGAGACAUUGCCACUGCUCACUGAGGAGCACCUGCUCAACACCAUGGGACUAAAGCUGGGGCCUGCGCUCAAGAUCCGCUCACAGGUGGCGCGCCGCGUUGGCAGACUUUUCUACAUGACUGGAUUCCCGCUGGCGUUCCCGUUUCCGCCUUCUGCUGCGCUUCGCCCCCCAGAACGGGAUCGGGACCCCCUGACAACGCCAUCUGACACCCCCCUGCCUCUCUCCCUGUCCCUGCCCCACAGACCCACCUCCACCAGCAGCAGCUCCUCACCGUACAGCGGCCCCACCCCAGGGUGCUCCUCCCCCAAGCAGGAAAACGGUAAUGGCUCCACGGUGGGGGGAAGAUAUGAGGCCAAAACUCCUUCGUAGGAGAGGGACAGCAGGGGUGAGGUCAGAUCUGCCUCUAACUAACUGGAGAAGGGGGCGUGGGCUAACCUGACCCAGAGAGAGUGACUCCUAUUUACCAGACUCAACCCCCCCACCACCACCACCUUGGGACACUUGCGCUCAAAUGUAUGGGAAAACAUUGGACUGGAAUAAAAGACAACUGGACUGCAUCCGACAAACCAAUCAGCCUCUGAGCUGCUCUGCAGUGGCUGUAGCUGUGCAGAAUCCAAAUAAAGUGGGUUGGAAGGGAGACGCGUGAAACGACAGAGAAAGAGAGGAACAGAGGAAGAGAAAAAGGAGGAAAAGGAGACAGCUGGUCACAGACAGCCUGCCAAAAAAAAAAAAAAAGGAGCGAGCCC